CAACGCAUUAAGCGAUACAAUUAUCAUCCUGUUUUAUCUUGCUUGGACGCCCAAAAGAAGUCAACUACAGGAAUUAAUUGCAACGAGAGCUUCUGCAUAGUAUCGCUCUUUUAAAAUGACUGUGGAAUCUAUCCCGAGUGCGUCCUCCUCAGUUUUCAGUCCUGAUCGAUCCACUUUGAAAUCUCGAGACAGCUUUAAAGCUGACUUGGAGAUUCCUGCAGCUUUCAAAGCCUCUGCUUUGCAAGCCGCCAAACUGAAAGAUGAUGCAUUGCGUCUUGCAAAACUAGAAAACGCCGAUAGGUUACAGAUACAAAUGGCGCUCUUGGUCGAUCUUGCAAUUUUUGGACUUUCAUAUCAUUACCCUUGGUUCUCAAAAUUUUACACUUUACAGUAUAGAUACCCACAUGGUGACUUCUAUGAUAUGGGUGUUGAUGAUUCAUAUUUUGUGAUAUUCAGUGUGCUAAAUUUGGUACUGAUCAGAGGCUUUUGCAUGUUGUACAUAUUGAAGCCUAUUGCGCAGUAUUUCCAAAUGUACAAACUCAAAGCAAUACAGAGGUUUAAAGAGCAGGGAUGGUCAAUCAUUUACUUUUCCCUAUCUUGGGCGUUAGGAUUUUAUUUAUACCUCCACUCAGAUUACUACUUGAACUGCGAUAAAUUUUAUGAGACCUGGCCGAACGACAAAAUGUCAGCCUCAUUUAAAGCUUACUAUCUUAUCCAAACUGCAUGUUGGUUCCAGCAAAUGAUUGUUCUUCAUAUCGAGGAAAAAAGAAAAGACCAUUAUCAAAUGUUUUCUCACCACGUCAUCACAUCACUGCUUUGCAUAGGCUCUUACGCUUACUACUUCACGAAGAUUGGACAUGUCAUCUUUUUACUGAUGGACAUUGUCGAUGUCUUCCUUUCAUUUGCGAAAAUUCUCAAAUAUUGCGGCUACCAAACUUUUUGUGACACAAUGUUUGCUGUGUUCAUGAUCAGCUGGAUUGUAUUGCGGCACAUUGUAUACAAUUAUGUGUUUUACCAUGCUUACAAGAAUGCCUACAAGAUGCAUGGAACUUGCGAGGAACUGGCGCCCCUAGGCGACUAUAAAAUCUGUUACAGCAAAGCAACGGUCAAUAUAUUUUUAACAUUACUUGGUGGAUUACAGGUAAUUACAAUCUUCUGGAUGUUCCUCAUUGCCAAAGUCGCAUAUAGAGUCAUUUCUGGAGAUAGUGCGGAUGAUGUAAGAAGUGAUGAUUCGGAUUAGUUGCACAGUUAAUAAAUGUAUAUGUUAUUGAAACAAAGUUGAAUAUAGGCAAAUGAGCAUUACUAUAAUUCCCCAUAUGACUAGAUUCAGUGAGAGCUUUUGCAGAACCUUAUUUCGGAACACCCAGUGAUCACUAUCUAAUGGAGAAUGUGUCACUAGGGCAUCAAACAUUUCUGGAUUGUUAAUUAGUUUGUACCCAUAAAAUCCAGGUAGCACAAACGAAAUCAAAACCCCUCCGGUAGAACCCACCAAAGAAAGAACCAGCUCAAAAGACUCAAGUUUAAUAGCAGCAAAAUAUGCGACAAUCAACAUGACCACGCUGACUUUCACAAAUCUUGAGUCAGACAUAGGUAUUGCUCUAGCUUCACUAGAUAGCAACGGCUGUGCUUCCCGCGAACUUUUGAAUUGACUCUCUAUCCAAUGAUAUAUGUUGUUGACUGAUAUUCUAGCGGGAUGGAACAUCAAUGGGAAAGAAAGAAGAACCAUCAGCGAGAGCAACCCCAUAGCCAAUUUGGUAGUCCAUGUAUCGUUG